UCUGCAGACUGAGGGAGAAGAUGGCGGCGCUGGGGGAACCUGUACGGCUGGAAAGGGAUAUCUGUAGAGCAAUUGAAUUGUUGGAAAAACUACAAAGGAGUGGGGAGGUUCCACCACAGAAACUUCAGGCUUUACAAAGAGUCCUGCAAAGUGAAUUCUGCAAUGCUGUAAGAGAGGUAUAUGAACAUGUCUAUGAGACUGUGGACAUCAGCAGCAGUCCUGAAGUGAGAGCUAAUGCUACUGCAAAGGCUACUGUUGCUGCAUUUGCUGCCAGCGAAGGACAUUCUCAUCCUCGAGUUGUUGAGCUUCCAAAAACAGAAGAGGGCCUUGGAUUCAAUAUCAUGGGAGGCAAAGAACAAAACUCUCCAAUCUAUAUAUCUCGAAUAAUUCCAGGAGGAAUUGCUGAUAGACAUGGGGGCCUCAAGCGAGGAGAUCAACUUCUCUCUGUUAAUGGAGUGAGCGUGGAAGGAGAACAUCAUGAAAAAGCUGUAGAACUGCUGAAAGCAGCUCAAGGAAAGGUUAAAUUAGUAGUGCGAUAUACACCUAAGGUCUUAGAAGAAAUGGAGUCACGUUUUGAAAAAAUGAGAUCAGCCAAACGCAGGCAGCAGACCUAAUGCAGUUCAGAACUUUAUAUUCCAUUUUGCUUUUAGCUAGAAAAGUUUUACUUGUGACCUACUGAUGGCCGCAAUGCCAACGAUUAUAAAGAAAAACAAACUUCCCGUGAAAUGCUCCUUGCCAUUUUAUAAAUGCCUAUUUUAAAAUCAUUUGUGGUUCCAGAGAUGCAUACACUUUUUUCUGACAAGAAAAAGUAAAAGGUGAUGAGGGCAAUUUUGUCCUGCUCUUUUUACAGGCCUUUUUCAAAUGCAGAUUUUGUCAUAAAGUUCUUAUAGAUUUUUAAUAAUGCUUUUUAAAUAUUAAGAUGUACUUUUACAUUAUUAAUCUUUUUUUAGGAAAAAAAAGGUUCUUCAUUUGGCUGCUUAUCCUAUAUAAUAAAAGCCUAAUAUGCUAAGGGUACGGUUGUCCGGUCAUCCGUUCAACCAAUCAAAGCAUAAUAUGCUAAGGCCGCUCAACCGCUCGCUAUGACAUGCACUGACCACCAGGGGGCAGACAGUCGACCAGUCGCUAUGACCAUAAGGGGGCAGACGCUCUGACCUGUAGGUUAGCUUCCUGCUGGGGUCUGGAUGAUCGGGACUGAGCAAGACCGGCUGGACAUGCCCUGGAGCCCUCCCACAGCCCCUUCCCGACUCCGAUCAUGCACCCAUGGGGUCCCUUGGCCUGGCCUGCACCCUCUCGCAAUCCAAGACCCCUUAGGGGAUGUCAGAGAGCCAGUUUUGGCCUGAUCCUGCAGGCAUAAAAGGCAAAUAUGCAAAUCGACUGAAUGGCAGAACAACUGAUUGCUAUGAUGCACACUGAACACCAGGGGGCAGACACUCAACGCAGGAGCUGCCCCCUAGUGGUCAGUGCGCUCCCACAGGGGGAGCACUGCUCAUCCAGAAGCCCUGAGCUGGGCUCACAGCUGGCAAGCUCUGUGGCAGUGGCGGGAGCCUCUCCUGCCUCUACAGUAGUGCUAAAGAUGUCCAACUGCCAGCUUAGGCCUGCUCCCGGCAGGGAGUGUAACUAAGCCAUCAGUUGGACAUCUCCUGAGGGCUCCUGGACUGAGAGAGGGUGCAGGUCAGGCUGAGGAGCCUCCCCCCCCAAAAGUAAUAGUUCUCGAAUUCUUUAUUUGCUUACUCUUUUUUUUUUAACCUGUAAAAUUUCUUUAUAGUUUUCCAAAAAAAUUAAACAUGACAGUUUCAGUUACAGCAUUUCAUUACACUGUCAAUGUUAGCAUCGCUGCUGCAUUUUGUACUUUGAACACACACAUAAUAUAUAUAAUCAUUGAUAAGUCAUAGCACAGUGGAAGUUUUUUACUUUUAUUAUUUAAACAAUGUAUAGUGAAUACUCAUUUGUACUGAUUUAUAAAAGUAAGUUUUUAAACACUGAAACAAUCAUUGCUAAAAUAUGUAUUCUUUCAUAGUGUUUGAGCAGCAAGGCCAGAGGAUGUAAUUUGUGUGUUAGCAUUACUGAUUAGGUCUAUUUAUAUUCAACAGUAUGUCAAAUUACAAAUGCAAAAACAGGUUCAGGUUUCAUCUUUUGCAAAUUUUUUUUAAUACUAUUCAUUUCUAUUUAAAUAUAUUUUUUAUAUUUUGGUCCUUUCAUUCCUAGAGAUGAGCCAUUUAGUUUGUGGUGGGAAAUAGCAGAAGCAAAGAAGAAAAAGUAGUAUUUUAAUCUCAUUAGUCUCAAGAGUUAACACACUUUUACCAGCUCGGUUUAAAGCAUGGAUUUUAAAUAGGUUGAUUAUUGGAGGAUAUAUGUAAUAAGAUGUAUAGAAAUUAUGAGGUGAUGUGUUCAUAAGAAUCUGCAGAUUGUCGAGAUGAGUAGGAACUUAUUCAUAUUACAAUGGUUUGAUUUAGAGAUGGGGUCUUUGUUUAUGAUUCAAAUAUGAUGGGAAUUGUGAGAGAUGCUUUCAGUUGUCCACUGGAUGUCACUAUUUUACUGAAAGGCAGCUAUUAGUGAAGGACUGUGACUGAACUCUUUUUAGAAGCUGGAAUUAAAGAAUUGAGGGUCAUUUUCAGUGAAUAACUUGGGAACAUUUUUAAGUGAGAGAUGCUAAAAGGAAGGUAGUGGUUUGAAAUAUAUAAGGAAUUUAGACCCUGUAUAAGAAGUGGGCAUUUUGAAACAUUCCUUCAAGAAGACUAUAAAUAUAUACUUUUUCCUGCAUGUUUGUGAGCAUUGUGAGUCUUAAAAGAUUAUUCCAGUUUUCAGUGGUUUUUUCAGAAUAAAAGUCAAUUGGCAUUGUUAUUUAUCAUUUAGGUAUUGAACACUGGAUUGCAUGGUUGGAUGUGUCUUUAGUCCACUACAAAAUGUGCUUGUUAUUAAUAGGAAUGUUGUUAAAUUGUAUAUUUUCAAAAUUAAUUAAUGUUUUUAAAAUGUUGAGACCAAAGUAGUGUAGAAGAAUUAUGGGCUUAAUUUAAUUGUAAAAUUAUUAGAGGUAUUUGUUGUAGAGCUUUAUAUAUUAAAGAGAGGUAUUGGUGCAUAUAAAACAGUAAUGUUGUUAUGCUCGUAUUCUUGCAUUACAAAGUAAACCCUAAAGAAACCUUAUUUUAGUAUAGCUACAGCUGCAGUAGCUUUUAAGGGCGUGUCAACAUUUCAUUAUAAAUUAUAGCUUCCUGGUUCAGUAUCUCAGCUGUUUCAGAACUUGCAGCCAAGUUAAAUCUUUUUUGGUGUUGAAACUUAAUAAGUUGAGUAAGCUAUUUUUUUUCUUCUACAGUAAUCCACAAUCUGUUCUUUGUGUGGGUUGGCGCUUAUUUAUAAUUCUUAAAAUAAAGAUAGCUUAAAGGAGCCAAAUACAGUAGUUUUGCUUGCUACUGUUGAGCAUGAGUAGCAGUAGUUUGCUUUUGUUAAAACAGUUUUCAUAGUGUAUCCCAGAAUUUUAAAUUCUGACCAUAGGAAAAUUCAAUCAUUCAGUGGCAAA